CGAUCAAUUUGGUGUACCUUCGGUCCUAGGCAAUUUGCGGCGUAAUGACGCCGGUCGAUUCUCGCUGAAGCUAUAGUAGAUAUUUCGUCUGUUCGUGCGCCCCGUUCGACCUCGAUCACCGAUUCGGUGGUACUGGUGUUCUCAGGGUUGAAAAAUGGACACGAGAGAAUAUGUCGACGUCUCCCUCAUCGGUGGUAACGUGUCCACAGAGGUCAAGCAAGCAUUCUUCGAUGUUCUUUGUGAGCAAAUAAAGAAGGUCAAUGCAGAGGGAGUCAAGGGUUUUGAGCCGGAGAUAGCCUCUCGAACUCUUUGGAAAGAGAUGUCAGUGCUGAAGAAGGCGGAGGAGCCAGGAAAACUUGAAGGUCGUAUCGUAUACGAAAUUACAGUGGAAGAGGAUAUGAUUAACGGAAACGGAGCUCUGCACGGCGGUUGUUCUGCGUUGUUGAUAGACAACUGUUCGACGAUGCCGAUGGCACUUCUUAGCCUGGUAACCACAGGGCACGCUGAAUUCGGGGUAUCUAAAUCCCUGAACGUGUUGUACCAUGCCCCAGCUAUGGUGUACGUCCAACUCCCUAUCAAUCUUCCGGUGCGCACACAUUAUCCAUCCUUUCCUUUCUUUAGGGGUGACCGACUCCGCAUCGUGUCCACAACGCUAAGCUGCGGGAGUAGAGUACUAACCUCGCGUUGUGAGAUUUGGGAUGCUACAAACCACCGGCUCAUUGCUUCUGGAGUCCAUACCAAGAUGCCAGGCUCAGCCCUGAAGUCGUCUGCCAAGCUAUAGAUUGUCUCGUCCUCAUAGAACCUUGUGGUUUUCUUGUUUUCAAAUGCGCAUUCGCUAGCCAUUUAACUUAACCUAAGCACCUGGAAUAAAUACGGAUCUCCAAAUCCAGGGUAUCCAAAUUAAAGAACGAAAUACCAGUUCAAUGCAAAGGAGUGACUAUAUCUGUUCAGGGGUGAUAUAAGAGGGAACGAAGGGAAUGCUGUUCUGAGUCCAAAUAACCUCAGGGUAAAAUGUCAUGUGUGGAUCGUCGUUCUCUUUCUUUAUCGAUCAUCAUCUCCGCAGGGUCAUGAACGUACCACCCUGAGCUGACCCUUGGCCCAUCGAGCGUAGGAUAUCCUUACG